CAGUUGUUUGAUAAAGUUGAUAAGCCAGCAGUAGGGAAAGUUCAAAGUCAAACUUUCUAAACACAAGACAGGUUCUUCUAUUCCUCUUACUUUAAGUUUAUAUUAUUUUAUUUAAAAUCAAUAAAAAUGGUGUCAGGAAUAGUGGCUGGAAGAUUGGCUCUAGUUACUGGUGCUGGAUCUGGCAUUGGUCGUGCAGCAUGCCAGGUACUGUCCAGAGAAGGUGCCAUAGUUGUGGCCGCUGACAAGAACUAUGAUGCAGCUAUGGAAACUAUUAAGACCCAUACAGCUUUAGCUUCUGGCAAAAAUGAUGCAGACCACAUGGCAGUGGAACUGGAUGUGUCCAAUUCAACAGCAGUGAGGAACUUACUAACGACAAUAAUGCAGCAGUACAAGGCACCUCCGACCAUAGUGGUGAACUCUGCUGGUAUCACCAGAGACAACUGGCUGCUCAAACUGUCCGAGGAGGAUUAUGAUAGUGUGCUAAAUACUAAUUUAAAGGGCACUUUUCUAGUUAUGCAAACAUUUUCAAAGGCGAUGUCGGAAGCGGGACUACCUGGCUCGAUUGUAAACCUUUCAAGUAUCGUAGGCAAAUAUGGAAAUAUGGGUCAAACCAAUUACGCGGCUAGUAAAGCCGGUGUAGUCGGCAUGACACAAUCAGCAGCUCAGGAACUAGGAAAAUUCAAUAUUAGAGUAAACGCGAUAUUACCAGGCUUCAUAGAAACUCCAAUGGUAAAGACUGUGCCUGAGAAGGUUGUUCAAGGAAUAAUGAAGAUGGUGCCUUUGGGACGACUCGGGUCUCCUACUGAACUAGCGGAAGUGAUCGCCUUCUUGAGUUCAGACAAGAGCUCAUUCAUGACGGGAGCAUCAAUCGACGUCACCGGUGGAUACUAGAUGGCCAACAAUAAGACUCCGUCAGCUCGGGUGCGGCCAGUGGACUUCCAUAGUUUUCAACAAAACACUAGAUACUUAAAAUAUUUUAGUUAAGAUAUUUGUGAGGGUUUAUUUUGGGUAAGAGUUCUUCGUUAGAAGUUGAAUUGGUGUGUAUCAUGUAUCUGCCAUAAUUUCAUGUACCUCAUUCUUAUUUUUAUGAUAAUAUAUAGCAACAGAACAAAAGGCAAUUCCAUUUAUUCAAUGAAUUCCACAACAAUAUGAUUCUACUUAAAUUGGCAUGAUAAAAAUGAAAUGAAAUGAAUAUGCAAGUGUACAAUUGAUUAACAUUCUUUACCACAAUUGCCUAUAUUUUUAUAUGUAUAUUUUUGAACCAAUUUAUAAAUAAUUGUUAUUGAUAGAAUUCAUUCAUAUAUUGUUAUAGAUGCUUAAUAAUGUAAUUCUAGUCUUUAGCUCAAAUAAUAUAGCCCAAAAUUAUAUAACAUUUGUACUUAUCAGAUAUAUUCUUGAAGUUUGAUAAUAUGCAUAGUAUAUUUUAUUGUAAUAGUGCCAAUACAACAAAUGUGUCUUCAACACCUGUGAUAUUUUCCAUGUACUUCGAAUUUUACAUUGUUAUACUGAAACCAUUUAGUUUAAAUAAAGGGUUGAAUGUUGUUA